AUGUCUUGCUGUGUGUUACAAAUCACUGGUCUAAUAUUCGGUGGUUUCGGCAUGGUCGGGACUUUGGCAGCUGCUGUUAUGCCACAGUGGAGAGUUUCUGCCCACAUUGAGAGCAACAUCGUGGUGUUUGAGACCAUCUGGGAAGGACUUUGGAUGGACUGCGUCAGCCACUUGGGCAUCAGGCUGCAGUGCAAAUUCUACGACUCUCUCUUGGCUCUCCCCCCACCCUUGGAGGCAUUCAGGGCCCUCAUGUGCAUUGCAGUGAUCCUGUCAAUCAUUUCCUUUUUGAUGGCCAUUGUUGGUGUGAAGUACACUCAGAGGUCCAAGGAGGAUCCCCAGGGUGUCAGUAUCUUCAUACUGGCAGCUGGAGUUGCUUUUCUCCUGACGGGCAUCCUUGUUGUGAUCCCCGUGUCCUGGACUGGAGGUAGCAUCAUUCGUGACUUCUAUGAUCCGAAAGUCCCUGUGCCACUGAAACGAGAACUAGGAGCUGCUCUCUAUGUGGGCUGGGUGAGCACUGCACUUCUCAUCACUGCGGGAGCAAUGUACUGCAGCUUCUGGUGCUGGGCUGAUACACCCUCAAAAUCCAGGUAUCCAUCACUUUCCUGUCACAGGUUGCACAAACCUGACCUUGGAAGAGGGCCGUCCCCAAGUGUGCAUGCCUAUGUGUAG